CUUUUACUUUUGGAAGGUCAAUAAAUAAGAGGACACUCACGUCCGUUGUAAGGAAAUCAUUAUAAAAUGUUGAACAAAGUAACACCACUUUUGAGAGCAGCACCACGUACGUCAUAUUAAUUAAAAAUAAGUAAAUAGUUAAAUUAGUUCCCCUUUUAAUUCAUAAAUAAUUCUUAGUUUACCAAAUGGUUCAUUAAUAUAAUUGACUGAAUGAGUCGAUCAUAAAAGUCAUAAGUUUACUAACAAAAUUAAGUCAGUCAACAAUAAUUAAUUAACAUAACAAUGAUUGAAUGAAUAGACAAGACAACAGUGGCACACAAAACAGCAAAGGCAAGGCCUAUUCAGUGUUUCUUUACAGUGGACUAUUAAACUUAAACUACUAACUAGUAGGUACUUGUAAGUUAAAGUUGUACUUGACUUGGGUAAAAAAUUAUAAAAAUAUUACAAUUCCUCAAUUACAGUAUAUAUUAUAAAUCAAAUUUCAAAUAAAACAACAGAAUCAACUUUCUAGACUUUAGUACAUUUUGACACUAAUUUAAUUUUAAUAAAUGAAAUGGAUGAUGAAUGGCAUUAUUAUUAUUAUUUAUUAUAUUUUAUAUUCUAUAUAAAUAAUUUAUUGAUAUAAUAUCGGGUCACAUCAAUUAAUUAGGCUUAGACCUACUAUUACUAACACUAGUACUGACUACUGAAUUAGUACUUGGGCUUAGGCCCAGCCUUUAACUUCAAUAAUCAAUAAUAUUAUUGAUUGUUUGUACCUUUUGGGAUUAUAUCAUAUAAGUAGGUAUAACAAUACUUGUCGAAGCAUCGUUUUGCGUAUGUCCUAAAAUGUCGAAAAAACGUGUUCUGCAAUAUGGCGUACAGCAACACAGUAUCAUUGGAAAAUUGCAGACUACGUCACCUUUGUUUAUAAAAUACUUGCUUUCCUCAUCACUGACAUAUCAGUUUUUGUGUUCCGGUCAUAUAUUGAUUUAUGCUACGAUAUUUUUUUUGCAUCACGGGCAGUAUUAUUAUAAUGACUCGGUUAGUAUAUAAAUCGCAUAAAUACUUUUUUACUAGUAAAGCCACCAAAAUAAGGUUUAGUGCUCCUUAAUCUACAUUCAUUGUAAGUGUAAGAGUUUUUUCAAUAUUUUGAGUUAUUAUCGUUGAGCUCUCGAUAAAAAGUUAUGCAACCCGCGAAGAAGUGGGGGGUAUGAAAUUAUCAUUAUUUUUUUAUUUUGAUCGAGAAGCCGGAAAUGGCUGCUAUCACUGUGAUUCGUUAAUGUUAAAUCCUUAAACAUCUAAAUAAUUAUAAGACGUUUAAAAUUAAUCAUUUUAAGAAAAGAUUAUAAGCAAACUUGAAAAGUUUAUGUAGUAACGAAGGGUUGGUUUUAAGUUUUAUUUACCGGUACACAGUUUAUCGUUUUUUCAUUAUUGAAUUUUUGAAUCAAUAUUUAAUAGUUUUACAAUAGUAAUAUCGAUAAUAAUAAUCGUUUUUCUCUUAUUAUUUCAGAGAAUAUUACUGAAAUUAGGCCUACUUAUCAUUAUCAGUUAUAAUUAUAAUUAUAAACAACUGUUCAGUGUUAUUAUAAUCCUAUAAUUGUCUAUCUAGGCCUAAGCUUAAUUUUUCUUACUAAUUCUAUUACAAGCCUAUAAGUUCUAUUAUAUAUAUAUAUAUAUAUAUAUAUAUCAGUUUAUUAAAAUACAUCAAAUUAAUAAACAAGACUCGAACAACAUCAUCAUAGCAAUUAUAUUUUUAUUAGGACAUAGAAAAGCAGUACAUAGACAAUUGUUUAAUAUAUAAAAUAAUUUUUUUUAAUGAAUUAGUCUCAUCAUUAUCAUAUUAUCAUCAUUGAUGAUAUUUGAGUAAAUUUAUCUAUAAUUACAUGCUUUCAAUUUUAUAAAUUAAAAAGACUACUUACCUUUUUAUAAAUAUAAUAAUUGAUUUAAAAUUAACACAAGCAUAAUAAAAUUAGUUACAAUUCAAUAAAUAAUAAUAAACAUGGUGUUUUUUGUUUUUUUUUCGUUUUUUCCUUAUAAAUAAUGAUUUUCCCAAUUUUUCUGUUCACUUUUUUCUGAACAUACCCACAAAUAAAUUUAUAAAAAAAUAAAAGUCUUUAUGUUAUAUAAAAGUUUUGUUGUUUAUUGUACUGUAUAUUGCAUUGAGCAUGUCUCCUGAAAAUUUGGUAGAUUUGGUUCUUUUAAAAUCAAAAAGUUUUGGGUAAAAUAAGGCAGAAAUUUUGAAAGUGGGUCACACAUUUUUUCAGUUAAAUACUAAGAUAAAGAAGGGGGUGUUUAAAAAUCACUAAAAAAAAUCAUAACUCCACUUCUGUAAAAGAUAGAAAGGAUGAAAUUGGUGUUGUUGUAAAGCUUAUAGCUAGCCAUUUAAAAUGAUGUAUCAUUCAUGGCAAUUUGACAAUAUUUAAAUUUUGUGUCAAAGUACCUAAUAUAAGGUACUUUGGUAAAGUAAGGUAGACUACUAAAUUAAGUGUAUCAGAAAUGGGAAUUGGCACAGAAAAAUCAGAGUUUUUAAUUUUCCGAUGUGUGUGUCUAUUCAUUAAUAAAUGAGCCCUUUUAACAUAUAUUUGAGUUCCCUUUCCGGCCUUACACUUUAGUAGACAUCUUGGCAUACAUUUUCAUUGAUUUGUUUGGAUUUUUCAAUCGACCUGUAUUUUGAAAUUCCCCUUUAAAUAUAAGGGGUCUUUUACUAAAAAAUGUGUAUAGAAGUUCAUUUUUUAUGUCUUUCAUAUUAAGUUUUAAUCUAACAAUGUAUGUUUGUGUCAAUUCUCAUUGAGUUAGGACGAGGACAUGUCAGCCACUUGUUAUGCUCAUUUGAGUAAACCACUAUAUGGUAAUUUGCUAAGCCCAAUUUCGAUAAGGAAGUGGCCACGCCCCGUAUUAAUGGCGGAAGACACCAAUACUUCGGGAAUAUUUAAUUAUUACCACUAUUUACAUCAAAAUAUUUGAUAACUUAUGUUUUAGAAUGAACUUAUUGAAAGAAUAAUAUUUUAAUUUUAGGUUAAGAAACCCAAUAGAGUCCAUAUUAUAAAUAAUCAUAAUUUGCCGUGUGCAAAAUGCCAUGGCCAUGGGGCAGCCAUUCACAGUCACAUGCAUAAUGGCUAUACCAUACUAUCUCAGAGUUUUCAUUCAUAAAAGUUUGCCGUGUGCAAAAACUAUUAAACCAGGUCAGGGAAAGCUUUAUUAAUUAGUCAUGUGCUAAAGUUGAAAGUUCAAAAUAAGUAGUUCCCAAACUGUAUUUUAGUGAUAAGUGGAUGCGUUGCCUUAUAUAGAUUAUAUAGCAUGUACUGGUACAAUGGACGCCAUAGAUUUGGUAAACAGAAAAGCCAUAUAUUAAUACAUUAUAUUAAAUUUACUGAUAUACAUAGUGCAUAGUUAGAUAAGCUACAAUUUAUCUAUAAUUGUAUAACAUUAUUAAAAUUAUUUUUUAAUACCUGGGGCAUUAGUUCUGAAAAUAAAAAUCUUAUAAAAUUAUCAUUAAAACGAGAGUUAUAUAGCUCGUGACGCGAACAGAGGAUUUGGGUCACAGAAUGUGGAGGUGCUGCCCAUGUUAACAAAGGACAAAUGAGGUGGUACUUUAAAAAUUCAUAGCUUUAAAACUACAACAGCUAAAAAUAUGAUUUUGGAGUUAUAAUUCUGUAAAACAUUAGCUUUACUUAUCUAUGCCAUCUGUUUAUUUUUACAAAAUUUUUAAAUUUUUAUCAAAGUAUCUAUAUUAUAUUUAUAUAGACUAAUAUAGUUAUUAUAUAGUCUGUUGUAGUACAGAGAAAUAUUGCUGAUAAAUGGCAAGGUACAGAAUGACAGAUACAGAGUAAAUCAAAUAUUUAUGGAGUGUCUGAGAAAAUUUAAUGUUUAUGGAGUAUCAUACAGCGUCGAUAAUGACUAGACUAUCUAUAAUUUAUAGUACCGAUAUCCAUAUUUACUGCUCAUUCGUAUUCUUCAGCGUUUAUAUUAUUUGGAGGAGGCACUAGUUGGAGUAGCUCUUUAUGGCCCUGGUUAAAAUUUGAAAUAUAUAUGUGUGGUUAGCCACCAUCAAAUUGGCAAUUUUGUAACUGUAAAGUAAAUGAUAAAUCUAAGAUGUGGGACUCACCCACCCUCAAUCACUCAGCUAACAAAUGACUAACUUACUAACCAUCUCUGGUUCUUAAGCAUAUUGGUAGUGUGAGUCUUUCUGUGAGAUAAGUCAUGGAUUUAAAUAUGUUUUAUAUACAUUGCUUGGUUCUCAUCAGUGUCACUAAACUCUUUUUCAGCAACAAAGUUUCCAAUAAGGGUCGGUUUCGGUUUUUGGCUAUCACAGCAAUUUUUCCUAAACGUAUGACUGACUGACUGGGGAUGGACUGUGUUGUUGCUUGCAUUUAACCCAAGACAGUAAUAAAUCUGUGGAUGACUUUGUUGUGCUACCAAAUUACCUAAUACUUGAUUAGUUUGAUCAGUGAUUUCUUUAUUUAUAUUACAGGUCUCCAACAAGUACGUUUCGGUCAUGGUGUUCCAGCACACUGGAAAACCCUUCGUCAAAUUAGUGAAGAGACCAAAAGUCACAUGAAUUUUAUGCCUGUCCCUCAAGGUUCCUGGCAAGAAGCUUAUAAGGCCAAAAGUGCCAAAGCAAAUAUUUUGCUUGCAGCAUCAGUAGCUGCAUUCAUUAGCACCUAUGCACUGGUAAGUGGAUAAUUUGCAAUUAGUAUUUUCAAUUUGAAUUUCAUUUUAAAUCCAAUUUUAAACAAUAAAUAUCUUUUUAGUGUCAACAAAUUAGCAUACAGGGUCUUAAUACAAAGAUCAUUAUAAAGAUUGUUUUUAACAUUACUCAAUUGAAUAAUUUACUAUUUGAAGUCACCAAACUUUAACAUUUAUACUGAUUUGAUCAAAAGAUUCAUCUGAAAACUGCUUGUCUUUAUCAUGUCCAAAUAAGACUUAGCAUUUGAAAUUAGCAUGUACAUAAUUAAAAUAGCUUGAAACUUUAACUUUCAAUAAAAUUAUUUUUAUAUCUUAUUGUGCUGUAUAAAGAUAUUAUUGUAAUUUUCUUCUCGUCCCUUUCAGUUAUGGAAAAGCGGUGUUAUAUACUUGCAUUCAGCACCACCAAUGUAUAACAGCAAAAAAGCAUAGUUGUUUUCUCCUAGUUUUUAUGAUUUGGUAUUUUGUUUAACAAGGCCUAUCUCAUCAUGACUAAUACCUAUAUUAUAAAGUUAAUUAACCCAGGGAGUUUUAAAUUUGAUGCAAAUUUUGUUAACCAACCUCAUGUCCAUCCAUUACCGGUAUUUAGAAUUUUUUCAUGCAGCGAUUGAAGUAAAAUUUGAAAUGGAGAAAUGGCUUAAAUGAGGAUAAUACAAUCAAAUGUUUCAAACAUAAUUUUGAUGUCAUGAUUUUAGUAGUGAACAGACUGUGAUUUUACUCAAUAAAUUUAAAAUGGUGUUUAGCCACUGUUAAAUAUUUAUUUUUCAAAAUAAAAUUCCAGGUAGAGACUGUGUGAGGUGUUUAGCAUGAAUGAUUUAUAUUUUAAAAGUGAAUCAAUGUUUAGGAAUUUGAUAUAAAUUGAAAUGACUGAGAUGGCCUUUUCCCCUUAUGUUUAGAAAAUUUUGUAAUGAAAAAAAAUCAACCUUUUCAACAACAAGUUUGAAAUCGAUGCAAACAAGUAUUUUUUUUUGCACUUAAAUUAUUGAUAUAGAGUACUUAGUUGCUGAUAUUGGUAUGAUUGGAACGAAUAUAAUAAAGUUUUUAAUGAUGAAAAUUUCUGAUUUAGUUUUUAAUUUGAUGUUGAUGAACUCUUCCUUAUAUCAAAACUGCUAAUCACUUGCCACCCCCUUUUUUAAAUAAAACUGUGCUUUUCAUCAUUAUAGCAUAAAAAAUUUUGACAUUCUUUCAAUGAUUUGUUCAUUACCAGUACCUUUUGAGAUUACCCCUUUAAAUAAAAAGUAUGUCACUUAAACUAAUUUGAAACAAAAUAAAUUAUUAGUUCG